CGUCGUCGUAUUCGUGACUUGGUCGAGUGCGAAGAGGACUUGUUUCUCUUCUACUUUGCGAACGUUUCAGCCAUAGUUAACUUUGUCAAUUAUUGAAAAAAAUGAACAAUAACGAUACAAAUUCAGGUGGUUGACUCCGCGACGUUUGUUGAUAAAGUGAAAUGUGUGAAUCAACGGAAAUUUCAUCCACAGGAUGAUGCGUAAUCACAGUAAGAAGAAAACAUCGUUACCUCCGAAGUGAAGUUUGGGAGUGGUGGAUAAGCUUUGAAAACUUAGUUCCUGCUGGCAAAAAAAAACGAAUUACAUCGUAAAAUUGAAUGCAAAUACAUGUCUGUUUUAUGUAAUGAGUUAACUAGUAGAGAGCAGCUUCAAUCAACAAAUCGACUAGUACUGAUAACGAUGGAAGUGAGGUAAACGUGGAAGGCCACAUGUGUCCAGUUUAUCUUUUCUAGAAUGUCUUAACAUCAUUCAUCGCAAUUGAUAGCACUAAGCUGCCGCAGGGUUCUGAUAAAAAAUCAAGCUGGUCGGAUAGGAUCGAAAUCAACGCAGACCAGCAACAUACCGUCGAAGAAUCAUUAAACUACCUUCGAAGAAAGCGAUAAAAAAGUUCACACUACCCGACAUGUCUGACCCGGAGACGGUUUGGCUGGAUGAGCUACUGCAGGAUGUUCAGUUGGAACAGUUCCUAACUCGAAUACGAGAUGAACUUCAGAUCACUCGGCUGGCUCACUUUGACUAUGUCCAUGUAGAUGACCUCGAGAAGAUUGGACUGGGCAAACCAGGCAUCCGACGGCUGAUGGAGGCUGUGAAGAAGAAAAAAGCACAACAGUGGCGACGGAACAUCCUUUGCAAGCUGAUAGGAGGUGGAAAGCAACAACCUCCGAAGAAACAUGCAACGAGGGAAAGUGAUGAACCGUCGGCUCUUGCAUUGACCUGUUUGAUUCACGAAAAGGAUAUAACAAUGUCGAUCAAGCUUGGUGAUGGCUCGUUUGGGGUGGUCAGGAGAGGUGAAUGGCGUGCCCCGGGAGGUCAAAUUGUUCCCGUGGCAGUGAAGGUACUGAAAGCAGAUACACUGACACAACCGGGUGUGAUUGAGGAUUUUUUCAAAGAGGUCCAAGCGAUGCAUGCACUGAACCAUCCCAAUUUGGUACGAUUGCAUGGCGUAGUCCUGUCUCAACCCAUGAUGAUGGUAACCGAGUUGGCCGCGAAUGGUUCGCUUUUGGAUACCUUACGAGAACAGUGCAGGAAUACGUCACUACCAUUGAUUUGGAACUGGGCUGUACAGAUGGCUACCGGAAUGGCUUAUCUUGAAAGUAAACGAUUUCUACACAGAGACUUGGCGUGUCGGAAUGUACUGCUGGCUGCGGGAAACAAAAUCAAAAUAGGUGAUUUUGGGCUUAUGCGAGCGCUGCCGCAGCAAGAAGAUUGCUAUGUGAUGACCGAGCAUAAAAAAGUUCCUUUCCCGUGGUGUGCACCGGAAUCUCUUCGCUAUCGUCAGUUUAGCCAUGCGUCGGACACGUGGAUGUUUGCGGUUACUUUGUGGGAGAUGUUCACUUUCGGUGAAGAUCCUUGGGUAGGACUAAACGGAUCCCAGAUUCUUCGAAAGAUUGACCGGGAAGGGGAACGGUUGCACCAUCCGGAUGCAUGCCCGCCAGAUGUGUAUCAGCUCAUGCUGCAAUGUUGGGAUAAAGUACCGGCAGAGCGACCGACAUUCGCUGCUAUAAAGGAAUUCUUGACUAGCACGCCUCCUCCAAUAUAUCGAGCGUUGAUGAACUACAAUGCAGAGAAUCGUCUAUCUUUGAAUCAAGGUGAUACGAUUGCUGUUAUCGACGCUCGCCCAGAGCUGCAGUUCAUGAAAGGUCAGAACCAGCGUACUUAUGACAUCGGUACAUUUCCUAGGAAUGCGGCAGUGGAUGCUUUCAAGAAUCGAUCUUCAACUGGAACUGGAACUAUUAGUGGACCAUUACAUGAUUCUUUCCGACAUACGGCACACGGAACCGCAUUCGGAGCUUCCUGGGGUAAUCCGAGCACACUGGAUAGCAACGGAGAGGUGAAGCUAAGAAGUAAAAAUAAGGAGACAUUGAAUGCUGAUCGCCGUGGUAAAUGUAUCUCAGAACAGUACGCCAAGGAGCGCAAAAGCAAUGCUCACAAACAAUUUUCGUAUAAUAAACUAAUCAAUGAAACUCACUACAAACAGCAGCAGCUGUUGAAAGACUGCAAGAACCGUCCUUUACGGCCGCCUCAACCGCACAAUCUACCACCUGCUUCCGGCGAGGGAUCAGCGGAAGGAAUUCUAAUUGAUUUAUCUUCCCCUGGAGAAGACCCGUUGAUGGCCAUUGAGUCUUCUUCCUAUCACCGCCAUGUUGCUGACACUGCCCGUCAACAGUUUACCAGCAUUCUCGAUGAGCCAAUCGAUGUGCCAACGAUUGAGGAAAAUGAAUCUCCGGAAACGAUUGUGGAAGAGCCCGUUCGUUUGCAGCCACCUCCAUAUCAGAUGCCACCGAAGUACACGAAUACAAUGAAUAUUACUGAUGCUGUUGGUGAACCGAAUGAUCAGCGCACUAGAUUUGAGGUCAACUGUAGCAGUUCAGUUAGUCAGACACCUGUUAAUGCUACUUCCGACUAUGAAAGUGGACCUUCCAGUGUGAUAAGUUCCCGAGAUUUGAUGGCUUCUAUUAAGAGGCAACAGACAUUGGAAGAUUCAUCGGGAGACAAUUUAGUAACCUGUACACCCGUAUAUGGUAACGUUAGUAGAGGGGCAAUUUCUAAGAUUUGUUCAAACUACGGGAAAGUUAAUGAUUUUGAAGAGUUGUCCAAUUCGAUGAUGGUUAGCAUGAGUUCUGGUGGACAGAAUACAUCGGGCAGUUCUUAUGGUAGUGCAGAGCAGGUACUGAGUGACUCUUUAGAUGUAAAUUUAAGUAACCUGACAUUGGACAGCGGCAACAGUUCUCUAAAAGUAACACCAAAAAAGUUAGAUAAAACAUUUCUUGCUGAUUUGGAGAAAGAUAUGUAUAAAAACGACAGUAAUAGUUUGAACAACUCACACGCGUAUAUUACCAAGGCUAGUAGUAAAGAAGGUGUUAAUCAUAUCUCCAAUUUGAUGAACUCUAUACCGAAAUACGAAAGCACUGCUGCUUUAGAAAACUUUCAAGAAGGGACGAACGGAUCGUGUAAAAAUUUGAAUGCAAGCUUGCAUCAAAUUUACUCAAACAAUUCAGCCGCCGUUGCGAUUGAUAAUUUUCAAUGUAAACAUUAUGAAAGCACUGCUGCAGCGCAAUAUACACUUUCGCCAAAGAAGCAGAAUAAUGUGCAACCCGACACCAGUAGUGUGUUGACACAGAUGUGGAUGGAACGGAAUACGGCGGUUUCUACCAAUAGUAACGAGCUUGUUUAUGGAAAUAUAACUGGUCAGUCACCACAGAAAACACAUAACUAUGUAGCAGUAUCUAAUCGGCCACUAUCUCGAAUUCAAAAUGAUACUCGUCUGUAUGGUUCUACGCCUAACGUGGCAGCCCUCAAUAUAGUUGCCCAACAGCUACAACAACAAUCUAUGCAACAUCAAGCACCAGUUCCUCAACCCACCCCAGUUCACAACAUUUACAAUAGUGUGUAUAACGGCAACGAUGUUUAUUCCACAAUAGGAAGUGAUAUCUACGAUACAGUGGCUGCGACUCCCUCUUCCUAUUACGAACGAGUCCCUUCGAACUUAGCUUCCCAACAACAGCUGCAUCAUCAGCAAGUGUACAAUGAUAUUAGUCAAUUACCUGGUCAACAUCCAAUGCCAGCAAUCUAUGACGAAGUCUCCAAUGAAGAUCUUUUAAGACCGACUAGGCCUGCUCCGACAGCACCUCUAUCCGCCCAGCAGAUUCAACGAAGAUUGGAGCGGCUUGCUCAACAAGAUCAACUGGUAGCGGCUUUACUUGGAGAACUAGGCGAGGAUGCUAACGAGGACGAAGCAAGGGAUGCUUUAACGGCAGUUAACUGGGAUCAUACCUUAGCCGUUAGGCAUUUCAAGAUAGAACGUUUAUGCCGUCUCGGUCUGGCCAAUCGAACCAAAUGCGAGGAAGCGUUAGCGAAAACAGGGUGGAGCAUCCAAAUAGCAGCAUCUAUACUGCUGGAGACCUAAUCGCAUCUUCCAGUGGUGUUUAUUUUUUGAAUUCGCUCUUCGACGACUAGGUAGGUGGUCUGACAGAAGCUCAUUUGCACGGAUCAAACAACGAUGGUUUUUUAUCUCUUCAUGUCAUUGCGGGACAGUGAUGCAAGUAUUAUUUUAAUUUUUGGUUCCAUUUUUGUAACAUAGGAAUGUGAAUAUUUACUCUCAAUAAUGUUAACAAUUAAGUUUUAGGCGGAAGAAAAUUUUAGAAAAGAAAUAUCAAAACGCUCGACAGUUAUCGAAUGUCUUAGAUUGAUUGAUGGGACGUAAUAACCUUAAUUUAAUUGCUCCAUUUAAUCUAUUUCUUACAUUCACCGAAAAGAGCUUCAAACUAUACAUAGGUCUAUAUACCUAUAAACGAAACUGAACGAUUCUCAUAAAAUAGUGCACUCAAGAAUCUACCGAAAAUAAACUCGAUAAACGCAAUCGAAUGCUCUCUAUCUCUAUCUCUGGUCAAUGUUGUAUAGUGUUUAAACUAUCUCAAUGAGCUGAGCUUUUGAACAUCAUCAUUACCCGUCGAAAGGCAUCUGAUGAUUGCUUUAAGUAAACUUCGUCUAUUAUUACUAGAUAGUUCAUUGUACUAUCGGAUUUCUCAACUGAAUUAAACGUAUGCAAAAUGACGAAAAUGUACAAUACUGCGAUAGCACUCACUACGUAACGGCAGUAACUCGAAGAUGAAGUGAAACAAAAAAUUAGAGCUUCACUAACCGCUGCUGGAUAAAAUGGUCAUUUAUGGUACGAAGAUAGAAAAACCGUUCCCGGUUUUCACUAUAACAGUCGUGGUACUUCAAAAUUUUAUAGCCGGUAUCCAUUCUGUCUUAGAUAUGUGUUAUGAUUAGAGCGGGAGAACUAAUAACCAGUUAAAGUGGGCGCGAAAAUUCGUUCUCAAGUAUUUAUAUGUUAACAAGCUAUCAGACGUUGUUAUACUUAAUAGAAAGAGGAGCACAAAAUUAAAAUAGCGAAAUGCUCUUUCAGAAUCAGUACAGUUAGCACUGGAUAGCUUUGAAAUGAUCAAUUACAGCUGAGCAAAGAGGUUUUAUGUGGGUUCGUUUUCAGUUCCCAAACUUGGAAAGCGGAACAAAUUUUAAAAAGGCUAUUCUAAUGCGCGAAUGAUUAUGGAAAUUCAAGAACAUAACAUUAACAUAGUUUAUUUACAUGUUACAAAAAUGCUAUGCAAAUAUAUUUUUAAUCAAUUA